CUGGCGCACCGGCGGGAGCGGAGCCGCGGCGCGCGCUCGCCCGCCUGCCAGAGCCAGUGGUCCGGGGAGCCCCGGGGGCCCGCGCCGGGCGCCGCCGUCCUGGCCGCCAUGUGCUCCCAGCUCUGGUUCCUGACGGACCGGCGCAUCCGUGAGGACUACCCGCAGGUGCAGAUCCUGCGCGCCCUCCGGCAGCGCUGCUCCGAGCAGGACGUGCGCUUCCGGGCGGUGCUCAUGGACCAGAUCGCCGUCACCGUAGUCGGCGGCCACCUCGGCCUACAGCUGAACCAGAAGGCACUCACCACUUUCCCAGAUGUCGUGCUCGUUCGGGUAUCCACACCCUCAAUGCAAUCGGACAGUGACAUCACGGUCCUGCGACACCUAGAGAAGUUGGGCUGCCGCUUAGUCAACCGCCCACAGAGCAUUUUAAACUGCAUCAACAAAUUCUGGACAUUCCAAGAGCUGGCUGGACAUGGGGUCCCCAUGCCAGACACCUUCUCCUAUGGUGGGCAUGAAGACUUUUCAAAAAUGAUUGAUGAAGCCGAACCCCUGGGCUACCCGGUCGUGGUGAAGAGCACACGAGGACACCAGGGAAAAGCUGUGUUCCUUGCAAGAGAUAAACAUCACCUCUCAGACAUCUGCCAUCUGAUCCGCCAUGAUGUGCCGUACCUGUUCCAGAAGUAUGUGAAGGAGUCGCAUGGAAAAGAUAUUCGGGUGGUGGUGGUCGGCGGCCAGGUUAUAGGCUCUAUGCUUCGCUGCUCCACGGAUGGACGGAUGCAAAGCAACUGCUCUCUCGGUGGCGUGGGCGUCAUGUGCCCGCUGACAGAACAAGGCAAGCAGUUGGCUAUUCAGGUGUCCAACAUACUGGGCAUGGACUUCUGCGGCAUUGAUCUCCUCAUCAUGGACGAUGGCUCCUUUGUAGUGUGUGAGGCAAACGCCAACGUUGGUUUCCUCGCCUUCGACCAGGCAUGCAACUUAGACGUGGGUGGGAUCAUUGCAGACUAUGCCAUGUCCUUGCUGCCAAGUAGGCAGACUGGGAAGGUGGCUGUCCUCCCAGGACUGUCUAGUCCCAGGGAGAAGAUAGAGCCAGAUGGCUGUGCUUCAGCUCAGGUUGUUGCAGAGAACAUCUACACCAUCAACAGUGGGUCUACCUCCAGUGAGAGUGAGCCUGAACUGGGCGAGGUCCGGGAUUCCUCGGCAAGCACCACAGGGCCCCCGCCGCCCACGCUGCCCGAACCCAGCUACAACAUCAACAGCAGGAUUGCUUCCGAAUUAAAACUUAAGUGAAUUCUUGCCUUUUUUUUUUUUUUUUUGGCAGCAUUUAAACCAAAUCCUACUGCUUCCCUAGUAGUUUUGAGUGAGUAAAAUCUGGACUAAUGUGAUUUCAUUUGCACAGAAACUGGAAAUCCCAUCUGGGCACUCAGCAUUCUUUCUAACGAUGAUUUAAGCAAAUGGCCUAGCUUUGUGGUUUUUACAAAGACUAAUCUAAAAACACUCACCAAGAACAACAUUGAUUUGAGAGCAAUGUUGGCUGCGAGCACUUGGAUAUCACGGCUGAUUUUAAGGCGCUGACUCUGUGCUGCUGCUUCUGGCUUUUAGCAGUAGAGCCCAUUAACUCGGAAAGGCUCCUGGAAAUACUGUGCUCAAAAGCAACCACCGGAUGGAGGCGUGUGCAAAAGAGGUGGAACGUGACUGCAGUUAUGUGCUCUUCAUUAAGUGUGUAUGUGUGAUGCUUGGAGAAUACACAGUUUGAACACGAUUCGAGGAUCAGUCUCUACUCCCCAUCAAUCACCAUCUUGACCAUAUUUCUCUGACACUCAGGAUAUGGUGUUCUAGGGAGCUUCCUCAUUAGCAUUUUCGAUGAAGCACUUUGUAGAAAGUGAAAGUGGACGUUCUUUAACUUCACUGGUUGGCAAAUGUCCUGCUCUGUAACUGGGGCUUUCUACAAAUUGCUUUGCCACUCCGAAUUUACAGACCCACUUCUACUAACGUCAGCCCCAGCAGCCUCUUGCACCUUUGCUGCCUUUGGCCUCAGCUGGAAAUUCACUUCAAUGAGCUAGUGGCCACACACUUUAUUUUUUAAGCGUGCACUAGAAUCGAACACCAUGGACUUUGUUUUCAAUGGACUCUGUUUACUUGUCAGCCAGAAGCCAGUGGGUUUUUAUCAUGGAAAGUUACUGGAAGAUAAUCAUUUCCGCCUUCUUCUCUACUGAAACUUUGUGUACUACUUAGCUGUGGGCAGUCUUCUUGUAUAAGUUGGUGUUAUGGGCCUGUUAGGUAGGUAGAGCCAUUGGAAACACUUCAAUUCCCUUGACAUUCUAGUCUUAUCCAGGUUCCAGAGACCUGUCCUUACCCACUUUUCAAAACUGGGGAGACUCAGGUAUCAGGAAUUCUUCAUUGCACAUUUUGGGGGGAGUUGGAUAAUGUAGACAUGACACCAAGUGCUUUUCAUUUUAACUCUUCAAGCAGUCAAUGAUGAUCCUUCCCUUGGGAGAAAUCAUGGAAAGGAAGUGUUCCAUUUCUGCUUAGACGAAGUACAACUGGAAAUGAGCAAGUCUACUUUUUUAACCAAAUACGCGAAAACAUAUGCACUCAAGAGUUACCACAAUCAGGGUUAUUUCCUUAGGAGACCACACUCUUGAGCUGUGAUGUUGCAUGUGCCAAGAACACAAAGAAAUCUUCCUUGGAGUUAUCUCUGAAGCCAUGCAAGGAAAGAGGGCUCACAACCUUAUAGUCGGAUCUCGUGUUUUACACCACCCCUUCCCAGAGAUAGUCUCAAGCUCCAUCACCCAUUUUAUUUAUUGCAUUUAUCAUCUAAUGCAAUUUGGCUUUUUAAAAAAUCAUUUCUCAAAAAACAAAUCUCUCUUAAAGGACAAAGACUUAACAACAUCGAGGAAGCUCACAAGUAGACAAUUUCCAAGGAGGGUUCUAGAGUGUUCCGAGUAAGGUCAGCUUCACUAAACUAAACAUACAUCUUCCCGACAUGACUACUUUAAAGGCAACAAUACCCACUUGGGUGUUUAAAUUACUGUACUUAUUCUACUGUAAAUGUAAAUCGUGUAUAAGGUCAAACUUCAAUUUUUUCACAACACAUUUAAAUAGAAAUUGGCUUUUAAAAUAUUGUGGCUUAAAUCAGAUCUCACCAAGUAACUGUUGUACAAUUGGAUAAUAAUGUUCAAUGCCAUGUAAUGGAGAUGUCACACUACACAGUUGUAGUUUCAAUGCAGUGCAACAUAGGGUGCAUGCCCCUAAACUGUAACUAGUAAUGUGUCUUGUACAGUUGAAAAUAAUACUUCACCUUUAUAUAGGUUAAGACAUGUACCUUAUGUUUACCACUCAGGGUAGGUUUAGAAGAAUGUAGUUCUAGGUCUGUUUUUUCUGAAACUGGCCAGAUGCUGUCUAUGUAAACAUCAGAACCGAGUGAUGACCUGGAAGCUGCAUUCACUCAUUCUCACUGUUUAGUGUAAGCUUGGUCUUCCCACUUUAUCUAAAAGCAUGCUAGUGAGUCCGACCCUGAGCAGAGCAGCUAGAGAGUGAACCUCAGUCAGGUGGCUGGACCACACUCGUCAUAGCUGCCCACAAGGCCUGCUGGAAAGAACAUAGGGUGGAGAGCCAGAUCCAGGUCCUGGCUCUCUUUAAACAGGUGAUCAAACUUAUAUAAUCAGAUGGUCUCUGUACCUCCAUUUUUCCAUUCUUCAAAUAAGAGAGAUGCCUAUUCUAUUUACCUCUUGUGGGUGCUUUGAGGUUAAAGUAAGUUCCUUAAUGAGACUUCAUUAUGUGGGAGGUAGUGGAAGAAUGCCUCCCACAUCUGGUUUUAUAACAGUUUCUCAUCACCCCUCCUCUGAAGGAGUUAAAGAAAAAGGCCAUGAAUUCUUGGCAUUAGCACACUAAACAGUGGUAGGGGCCCUAAAAAGGAAUGCAGCUUCUUACAGGCUUUGCGACCUAAAAGGAGUAAGGCUCUCAGUGUAUUCAAGCAGCCUUCUGGAUGUAUCAUAUAUAACCUGAAACCCUUGACUCUCCAAUACCAACUAAUGGUCUUUCUUAUGUAACAUAAAUUACAGUGUCUGUAUACGGUCUUCCCAUUAUCUAAUAGUAGCAUCUUGAAACUGGUCAAAACUUGAAUGCCAAUAGCUCAGUCACUCAGAAUAUAUAUAACUCUGCACUUGGGAAAAAUGUCUUCCUGCUAUCUGUCUGAUUGCUGAUGAGGUAUGGCCAGAAUGAUUGCCAGAUUGUGUCUUUUGGAGCUGUAGGUCUUUAGGAUCUGAUCAACAAUAUAAGUGGAUGAUAAGC